AUGGAAUCCCUAGCAGCACUUGGACUAGCGGCCAACAUAUGCCAAUUUCUGCAGUUUGGUGGGAAACUCGUUCAUGAUACCUCUGAGCUCUACAACUCUCUCGAUGGUACUACAUCAGCCAACAGGGUGCUAGAGACUAUCACCAAAGACCUCACCAAUCUUUGCGUCGAACUAGGAAAGAACGAAGGAAGCAUAGACCAGACGUCGGCAUCUCAGUCGGAAAAGUCACUACUCGCCUUGGCACAAGAGUGUCAAAAGAAGGGCGAAGACUUUAUUUCACUGCUCCAAGAAAUGAAAGUAGAUCAAUCAAGUGGGAAGUUGCGCAGUGCUUGGCGUGCCGUAAGGGGCGUCUCGAAGGAGCGCGAGAUAAAGCAGUAUGAACAAGAGUUGGCUGCAUACCAGUCUUCACUAGCUACUCGCCUGUUAAUGGUACUCACAAAUCUAGAGGUUGCAGUCGUUAAUCAACCGGAGAAAUUGAGAAGAGAGGUUGUGAACUGCCUGAACAACUUCCUCGAACCGCCAGAGAAGACAGAAUUGAAUGAAAAGAAGAGGAAGGUUGACGAGCAAAAACACAAGACUAACGGCCAGGAGAACAAGACCACAGAUGAGCAAAAAACCGAAUCUGAUGAGACGAAGAAUAAGACGGGUCAUCGUGACGAAAGUAUACAAGACAAUGGCCACAAUGAUGUUCAACAGAAGCAUGACGACAAAGCAGCCAGAAUGUAUCCGCAGCUCCCAGCUGAUUUGCCAGGACGGCUUUACGACCUAGCUUCCCAAGGACAGUUGCUUAGCAAGCAACUUAAAUUCAUGGAGACUCUAUACUUCACAACAAUAUGGGAUAGAAAGGAGGGCAUCAAAGAAGCACAUUCAAGCACUUUUGAGUGGCUUUUUGAUGAUCCUCAAUGUUCAAAUGACCAUGAAGUAACCACAAUCCUUGACUGGCUACGAUCUCAGAACGGGAUAUAUUGGGUAAGUGGCAAGGCAGGAUCUGGAAAAUCAACAUUGAUGAAAUUAUUCUACAAACACAACAAAACUCAAGCAGCAUUGAGGCAAUGGGCAGCUGGCAAUAAGCUUCUCAUUGCUAGCUACUUCUUCUGGCAUGCUGGAUCACCAAUGCAGAAAUCCCAGCAGGGACUUCUGCAAACUUUACUAUUCCACAUUGUGAAACAGUGUCCCUCUCUGAUACCCGUUAUAUCACCUUGUCGCUGGGAGUCUGAAGAGAUCGGUAAUAGCUGGACGUUUAAAGAGCUUCAACAGGCCGUCACAUAUUUACAGAAAAUAAACAUAGACUCUGCACGAUUCUGCUUCUUCAUCGAUGGUUUAGACGAAUACGAUGGGGAUCACGUUGAGAUCAUUGAGGUCAUCGACCAACUAGUAUCAUCCCAAGCUGUCAAAGUAUGCUUUGCAAGCCGGCCCUGGAUCGUCUUUCGAAAUAGGUAUGGCGAAAAUGACGGACUGAAAAUUGAACUCCACGAUCUCACCCGCGGUGACAUGGAAUGCUUCGUCACCGCGAAACUUGCAGGUUUCAAAGCUGCGAAGCGAGAUCCUCAGAUGUAUAAUGAUCUCAUCAAUGAGAUUGUGGAAAAUGCAGAAGGCGUAUUCCUAUGGGUCUUUCUUGUGGUUCAGUCUCUGCGUCGAGGAUUGACUAACCGCGAUACGGCGAUUGAACUCCGAAAGCGGCUCCGUACACUACCCAAAGAUCUUGAGACAUUCUUCAGGCACAUCUUAGACUCGGCGGAGGAUGUUUAUCAUGAACAAGCCGCAAAGCUAUAUCUGAUACGCAUUUGCUCAGUCGGUAUCCUAAGCGCCUUGGAUGUGUCCUAUUUUGAUGAGACGGCUCCUGACUUUGCUCUGUCACCUGUCUCCGAGAAGUGGAAUAAGAAUGCCAUAGCGCAGAAGCAAGAAGACACCAAAAUACGUGUGCUAGCACGAUGUACAGACUUGCUAGAAUUCAAUCGGAAUGGGCGAUUGCAAUACUUGCACCGGACCGUUCGAGACUUCUUCGAGACGCGAGACAUGCAAAUGGUCCUCCUUGAUCGCGCUGGCAAGGACUUCAGUCCUCACCGCUUCAUGUGCAAUUCCAAGAUGCGACAGAUGAAACUUUUGGUCUCGAAACCGUUGUCCGACGAACGCCUCGAAUCCUUUGAGUCGAUGCUGGACACCUUCAUGCAUCAUGCCCGUCAGCUCGAGAUUCAGGGCAGCCAAGAUUACAAGCUCUUUUCCCACUUAGAGACAAUCGUCAUAUCCCUCCGAAGCAAAGGAUCCUUCCAACUAGGCUGCACAUGGGGCACCAUCGAUCUCGCCCAAGGAUACUACCGAAGCUGGCUCCUCGAGAUCGCCCUUAAAAACAACCACGCAAGAAACCGAAAACGCAAAAGCACAAGCCGCAGCACGAGACCUUCCCCCCUGCACAUCGCGCUAACAUCCCUCCCCCCUUCCCGCCUCUGCACCGACGUCGUCAAAACCCUCCUCAACACCAGCGGCGCCGACCCCAACGAACCCUGCCCUGGCCUCGCCCACACCGUCUGGUCACACUACCUCGAAACCCUCCAGAUCCGCGACCCGGCCUUCGGCGACCGCAACUUCUGGGGCACAAACCGCGUCGACCUCAUCACGUGGAGCGCGCAGACUAUCAAGCUGCUAAUUCGCUCUGGCGCGGAUAUUUCCCUCCUGCUGGGGAAGAAGCAGGUUGAUCCUGUCGUCGAUAUGCUGGGCUUACGGGACGAGCUUGCGGAGUUGGAGAAUGAGAUGCGUGUGAGGAGGGAAGAGGCGAAGGGGAGUGGUUUGGUCGCCGGGCGCUCGGAACCGGAGGUAAGAGAGGUUGUGGAGACGAAGGAGAGGUUGUCAGAAGAUUUGGUGGGGAAGACGGCGGUGCGGCGGGAGGAGAAGAAUGUCGAGUCGUUGUCGAAGGGGUAUAAGAUCCGGGCGGUGAGGUUUGUGAAGAUAGGGAGGUUGAAGAUUGUGAAACCGUGGAGGUGGGAAUGA